GAGUGCAAAUCUUUGACAAAAAGGGUUGGUUUGUGCAGUUGGAUGGAACUACCUGCAGAUGGGUCUGGGGAGAAAGAUAGACCCUGAGCCUGGUAGGUGUAGAAGAACUGAUGGUAAGAAAUGGAGAUGCUCCAAAGAGGCAUACCCGGAUUCAAAGUACUGUGAGAGGCACAUGCACAGAGGGAAAAAUCGUUCAAGAAAGCCUGUGGAAGUUUUGAAAACAACACCAUCAACAAACACAAAUGCUUCAACUCAACAACCAAUCUCAUCUAUCACCAAACUCAAUACUCUUUCUCCUCUUGCAUCUUCUGAAUCACACCAACACCACCCUCCACACUAUACCUCCUUUCUCUAUCACCACCCUCCAUUGUCAAGGUCCUUUGAAGACAACAGUGCUCCCUUGUUUCUUGACACUGGCUCUUGCUCUCAGUCCAACGCAGAUUGCAGGAGUAGGUAUGCAUACGGAGAGAAGGAAGAGGUGGAUGAGCACGCUUUCUUCACAGAGCCGUGUGGUAUAAUGAAAAGCUUUUCUGCUUCCUCUAUGGAUGAUUCUUGGCAACUCACACCUUUGGCCAUGAGCUCCUCUUCUUCUUCCACCAAACAGAGGAGUUCCUUUGGCUUGUCCAAUGAUUAUUCUUGCCUGCAACUUCAGAGCCACUCAAAGCAGCACGAGCAACAAGAUCAGGGUGGUUGCUACAUGCUAGGUGGAGGCCAACUUGGAAAAGAAGAGCCUCAGAAAACCGUUCAUCGCUUCUUUGAUGAAUGGCCCCACAAAGGUAGACAAGGAUCUUGGCUCGAUUUGGAUGACAAAUCUUCCACAACCCAACUUUCAAUUUCCAUUCCCACCUCUUCUCACGAUUUUCCAGCCUUCAGUUCCAGAACCCACCAUGAUGGUUGAGCUUACAUUUGAAUAAAGGGUCCUUGUACGGAAUGAAAGGCCAAAACUGUACCUAGAAUGUGGGGUUAAGAUGCUUCGGGGUCUUCUUUUUCUUCUGCCAUAAAGGCCUUUGAAAGGGAUUGGUGUCUCUAAUGUGUGAUCAGUCCUAUAGAUGCUAAUGCUUUUUCUUAGUUAAGUUCUUUCAAACACAGUACCAAACAUUCUGUGACUAAGCCUAAGCUCUUUGAUGCUUGAGCUAACAUUCAAAGUUGGCACAUCUUUGUAAUUUUGGUU